AUGCCACUACCAACAACCAAAGCUCCCCCGGAGUCUCCCUCGGAGAGUUCAUUCACCGUCGGAUGGAUCUGCGUCCUUCAAAAAGAAUAUUACGCCGCUAAAAAGCUUCUAGACGAAGAAUAUACCGAUGCAGGAAUUACCCAUGCCCGAGAUGACAAUGGACAAUACAUCCUUGGCCGCAUCGGAAAGCAUAAUGUGGUGCUCUGCGUCCCUACUCCAGGUUUUUCAGGCUCCAUUGAAGCCUUCAAUAUUGCUUCAAUGAUGAGAAGCACCUUUCCCUGGCUUCGCCUCUUUCUCCUAGUCGGAAUAAGUGGUGGUGUCAAAACGAAGGACUAUGAUGUUCGACUGGGAGACAUCGUUUUAGGGACCAAGAUAAUCCCUUACAAAUUCGGCAAAGAGCUACAAGAUGGAUUCCAAUAUACUGGAGACUCGAUCAAGCCCCCUCGAGAGCUCAUGGGGGUUUUCACAUCUCUGGAAGAAAAGGUCAGAGAUGGUCUCAGCCUAGAGAAGGAAAUUGAAAACGCCACAAAGAGAUUUGACGUAUCCAGACGUGCAGACUAUGCUCGACCGAAAAAUGAUCGCUUAUACACGGGUGACUAUCUACACGAAGACGGCUGCGAUUGUAGUGAUCACGCCGCGUCAUCGUCUCCCUACUUGAUUAAGCGCCGCCAACGAGUCCCUUCCCAAAAAGUCGUUUUGCACCAGGGAAUCAUCUCGUCGGCGGACCAGGUGAUGAAGAAUGCAAUCACAAGGGAUAAGAUUUCCAAUGACACAAGCUGUAUCUGCUUUGAAAUGGAAGCAGCAGGCUUGAAGUAUAUCCCCGACUCGCUUUCGAUUCGGGGCAUCUCUGACUACUCGGAUGGGCACAAGAAUGACGCUUGGCACGAUUAUGCAUCGUUAGCGGCUGCGGUGGGCGCUAGAGAGCUUCUGCGAGCGCUGAGCCCGCGGAAAUUGGACCGUCGUCGGGUCGGUCCCUCACCCAAGGAGGUGGAUAACUUCAUUAAUGGGGCAGCCGACUUGGUAGAAGCAUACUCACGAAAAGAACGCCAGGACCCUAAGUCUCUUCAAGGGAUACUGAGGAAAUUGACAGAGCGGCAAGAGUUGAUAGAACACCUCAUCAACCGGGAUUUGAACGACUUGAAAAACUCGAAUAAAGAUCGUGGUGAUGAUCCGAGAGUGGUAGAACUAGGGAAAGACGUCAUUCAGCUUAAGCAAUCUCAACAUGAACUGAAAGAUUGCUUUGAGAAGUUCGAGAAACAGGUAAAGGAGUAUACUAUUUCCAGAGAAGAUUAUGUCACGCGUGAAGAAUGGGAGCGGUUUCAGCAACAGGUUGAAACCAAUACCGCCAAGGUUGCUGAUUUUGAGCAAUCCACUGAGAAAGUGAUGAAUACUAUGGGGGACCUGCUUAGCGUGAUUGGAGAACAGACUGGGGACAAGGGCUUUUCGUUUGCGUCUAAAUAUACCAGUUUCGCCAAGGGAUAA